GAGGGCAGUGGGCAGUGGGGACGCUAGCGGGCCGCCCGGUGCAGAAGGCCGCCCCUGUGCACCGCUUGCCAGCUGCUGCCUCCUGCGCCCCUCCCCCAUCCUCCCCCCAGCCCGCGGUGUCUGCGCCGCGCUCUGCCAUGGCCCCGUCCUCUCGGCCCAGCAAGAGCCGGCCCAGCCGGGAGGAGGAGGAUUUCUGUGACGCGAGAGGGGGGGACAGGAAGGCCAGGAAGCCGCUGGUGGAGAAGAAGCGGCGAGCGCGGAUUAACGAGAGCCUGCAGGAGCUGCGGCUCAUCCUGGCCGACACGGAGGUAGGGCUGCGGCAAGGGCGCGGGAGCGGGGGCGCCGCGCCGGGAGCCGGGGGGCCCUGGCGCGGGGCUGAUCGCUGUCCUCUCUCGCCGCGCCCCGGCGGGCAGUUUCAGGCGAAGAUGGAGAACGCCGAGGUGCUGGAGCUGACCGUGAAGCGGGUGCAGGGCGUGCUGCAGAGCCGGUCUCUCGAAAGUGACAAGCUGCACCGGGAGGCUAGCGAGCGGUUUGCAGCCGGGUACAUUCAGUGCAUGCAUGAAGUUCAUACCUUCGUCUCCAACUGCCCGGGGAUUGAUUCCACCGUCGCUGCCGAGCUGCUGAACCACCUGCUGGAGUCCAUGCCACUCAACGAAGGCAGUUUCCAGGACUUGAUCGCGGAUGUUUUGUCAGAACCCUCCGUCAGUCCCUGGCCUGGCAGUGAGGGGCUCUCCCAGCCAACGGGGGUGUCCCCUGCUGCUCUGAGCCUGGCCAGCCCCCCUUCAGCUCUUCUUUCCCCUUCCUCCAGUGAAGAGACCUGCUCGGAUCUGGAAGAGACAGAGGCUGAGCAAAGCCCGGCCUCCCCAGCUGGACUGGACAGCUCCAGGACACACAACGUGCCUUCACCUAGCUUUUCCAAAUCUAUGUGGAGACCUUGGUAAAUAAAGAAACUGUACAGGAAUCAACAAAGAUCUACCUAAUAAUGGGAGAAUACUUGAGCACUGUGUUCUCCUUACAGCCAUUGGAAUGGACAGGGGCUUUCAGAGGGUGCAUUUGUGUGUCUAACGUUACUGUAUAUUGGGACUGCAUAGAUGGCACUCUUACACUGUCAGACCCUGACAGGUUAAUUGUUAAACGUGUUAACAUUUCAUCUAUUUGUGUGUGAGAUGUUUUGUAACAAUUGGAUUGUUCAGGAGAGUUUGGGGUGUGAGGGUGGGGAGGGAGGAAGAGAGAUUUUUUUUGUAGCAAAGCUCUUUGGUGGAUGCACAGCAGUAUUUCACAGCCUUGUCUCUUUCUCUGGGCCCUUAUAAAUGGCCCAAAUAUCACUCCCUUUUUCUAUUAAGAAAAAGCCCUUGUACAUUUUAUAUCUUGGUGGCUCACUCAAUGAGAGGUAUAGGAGUUAAAUGUGCAUGCACAAUUUUAAGAGUUAUAGUGAUAGUAAAGAUCCCUGAAAGGGAUUGGUGUGGUUAGAAUUUUUAUUAUUUAGUGAUCUAGAAUCUUGCCUUCAGUGAAGGAAGAGUAAACUAGAGAUCAGUUGGAAUUAGACAAACAUUGAAAAUAUUGGUGGCAGGGUGCCUUUUAGAAAUCAGUGUUUUAUGCACAUUUUGCUUUUAGCACAUCUGAGUUUAUUGUGACUUUAUGUAUAUUAGGGUGUCAAAUGUUUUAUUUUUAAUCUUUUUAAUAAAAAAUAUUGAAUUCACAAAGGAUUGCAUGUAUUUUGGAGUGUGAUACACUUCUAACCACUUUAAAAUUAAAAAUCCAGUUCCAUACUGUUUGCUGUUAAAUUUGUAUCUGUUGUGGACACACUGCUGGUAAUUUAGCACUUAGUUCUUGUACUAAGCAUUGUUAGCUCAAGUAUUGGAAUUUGAAUGUUUCUUUUGUUUAAUACUGAAAGAUGCUUAGGAUAUUAUUGAAGGGAGCAAUGUAGUUGUGUUGUUGUUUGACUUUAGGACACUAAAAUUCCUAGGCAUGGUUACAUGAAUGCCAUUCUAAAGAAACUGCUCUUAACUUGAUUUCCCCAAGUAAGUCUCUUUUUGUAAAGCUGUAAUUAUAACUUAAGUACUAGGCAGAUGCUUUACUUGUGGCUUGACUUUACCUGUACAUUUUUUCUGCUGAGGAAUGACAGGUGUUGAAAAGAAGUGUGUGAAAUAGAAUUGAAAAUUUUCUUCAAAAAGGAAAUACUUCCAGUGACUUCUGGAGCAUCAACAUUCCUGUAUACAAGGUCAUACACCUCAAUGUUCCUAUUUUUGGAAGAUAUAGGCUAUUUAUGCUGUGAUAUUACCUUUCACAGAGCUGUCAUCGUUACAGGAAAAGUAUUGUGAAGUUGCUUCCUUAGUACAUGGAGGUAUUUGAGCGUAGAACCAUCUAGGAGAGGAAGCAAAAUAAGUACAUGGGGACUAAGACAUGUAACUUUCCUUUGUUAACGACCCUAUGGAACAAUAAAAUCAGAUAUCUAAAUUA